AUGGCAGAGUUCGAGUAUAAUGCCAACCCCGGCAGGGUGAUCUUUGGCAGCGGUACCAUCAAGAAGCUGCCCGCCGAGCUGGAACGCCAGAAGCUCUCGCGGCCGCUGCUGCUCACCACCCCGGAGCAGGUCGGCCAAGGUGAAGAUCUCAAGGCCGUGCUGGGCGGGAACGUCGCCGGCGUCUUCAGCAGAGCCACGAUGCACACGCCCACCAGCGUAACCGACGAAGCCCUCAAGCACGCCCAAUCCGUGGAGGCAGACUGCGUCGUCUCCAUCGGCGGCGGCUCCACCAUCGGCCUGGGCAAGGCGAUAAGCAUCCGGACGGGGCUACCGCACAUCUGCAUCCCGACGACGUACGCGGGCAGCGAGAUGACGCCCAUCCUGGGUGAGACGGCGGACGGCGCCAAGAAGACGCGCUCCGACCCCAAGAUCCUGCCGGGAACCGUCAUCUACGACGUGGACCUGACCAUGACGCUGCCCGCCGGCAUGAGCGCCGUCAGCGGUGUCAAUGCCAUUGCACACGCCGUCGAGGCCCUCUACGCCCGCAACACCAACCCUAUCAUCAACCUGCUCGCCGCCGAGGGCACCAAGGCGCUCGCCUCCUCCCUGCCCGCCAUCGUCGCCAACCCUUCUGACCUGGAGGCGAGGUCCAAGGCCCUGUAUGGCGCCUGGCUCUGCGGUACGUGCCUUGGCAGCGUUGGCAUGUCGCUGCACCACAAGCUCUGCCACACCCUCGGCGGCAGCUUCGGCCUGCCCCAUGCAGAGACGCACACCGCCGUGCUGCCUCACGCCCUGGCGUACAAUGCCCCUCGGGUCCCAGACGCGAUGGCGAAGCUAGCCGAGGCGCUGCCGGGCAGCAACGGCGACGCGAUCCAGGGACUGAACAUCCUGCUGGAGAAGCUGAAGGUGAAGAGGGGCCUGAAGGACUUUGGACUGAAGGAGGAGGACGUUGACAAAGCUGCCGACAUUGCACGCUACAGCUUCGGCGACAUGUAA